UGGUUGUGGUUAGACGGCGAGUGGAAUGCGAAGCGAGCAAGUUCCACUAACACGUGUUAAAGGAAAGUAACCUUAUAGACACCUCAGUUCUUUCGCAGAACCGGCAUUAAGGAAUUUUGAUUUUCUGCGUUUAGUUUUGGAAGGGACAUGUGUGAGUGGUGAAAAUGUUGGUGGUAGCGCCCAGGCACGAGCAUGCUAUGCCGGCCCUUGAUAAACCUCGUGUCAUAUCAGAGAUCAAGAAAAGCAAUAAAAAUGGAAGUCGCCAAAUGGACAGGAAACCGCGGAUCUCAGGUGAACUUGAGUGGGCGGUGGAUGGGGCAUGGGAGCUCCGCCAUGUGGAGGUGAGGAACGGCAGCCUCGUGGUGUACAGCGCUUCUACAAGACCGGAGCUGCGUCUGCCCCUGCGACACCUAAGUCUACAACCAGCCAGCCAUCCGCGUACCUUCAGUCUCAUCCGUGAACACCAGCCUCUAGCUACGUUACAGGCCGAGACUGACGAAGAAUACGAGCGGUGGGUGAAGACUCUGGCUGUCGAACUAAUGAGUCAGACGCCGCUCGAAGCAAUCAGGUUCCUGGACAUUUUAGGUAUCACCGCUACCAUCGCUGCAAGAAGAGGGUACGAAGGUGAGGGGGUUUGCAUGAGGAGAGUGCCAGGCGACGAGAGGGACAUCUCGCUCAGGAACUCUCCAGAAGACUUCCAUCGCCCUCGAAAACACGCUCAGCUGCAGCGUGAAAACAACUGCACAUCGAACUAUGAGAGGGGUCGCGCGAAACAGAGAGUGCUGGUGAAGAACCGUGUUUGUGACUGCAAAGAAAAGAGACUAAGAGCACAGAGCAGUGACCCAGUGCGUAAGAUGUCGGACAGCGACUCUGAGCUGGAAGACGCGGACGAGAAAGAAGUGGCAGCACUGCUUCGGAAGUGCCAGCAGGUGGAUAACUACGUCCCAGUUCGCGAAAAGAGACGCCUCUUCGAGUCCCUCUGCCGGCAGGGACGUCGUCUAGCGCAGAGUAGCGACAAUCUCUGCAGGAGCACUGGGACUGCGGAGGUGAAGGUGAGGCGCAAGAAGCGGGCCAGAUCCUUACACGACCUCAGUAGGAGCAACGUGGCUGUGAGAGAGAUAUGUCGGUACUUCGAGGCACGCGGACAGCUUGCACAAGAUGUCAGUCAACAAAUCGUUAGGCUUGCUAUCUGAAGGAGAAAGUAGUGUAAUAUUGGGUUGGUGAGUUGUUGAAAAGCAUCACGUGAUAUGGGAGACCACACGCAGGCAGCCACGUUGAAUGGCGUCUGACGCUGUUUUGGUAGCUUAAGGCCUGUCUUUUCGGAGGUUCUUACGUUUUAUACUCUGGGGUGUGGUCUUUGGUGUAGUGUGUUCUGACGUCAUUUAGUGAUAAGGUGAUGAACCGUGCCUAAUGUAAUGCAGAGUUGCCAUGACAGUUGUACCAUGAAGGAAUAUGUUGUUGUAGAGCCAGAUAAAUGCACCAUGUGUACAAACCUACAUUUAAUUCUCCACCAGUGCAACUCUUACGGCAAUCCUGUAUUUUUUUUGCGACUGUUAUCGCCAAAAUGAUGUCAAUGCACACUAAACCCAAAACCCCACCCAAGUGUGUAAAACAUAAGAACCGCUGACAAGACAGGUCCCAAGGUACCAGGACAGUGUCAGACACCAUCCAACAUGGCUGUCUGUAUGUGGUCACCCAUCCCUAUAAUAGGCAGCACCCAGUCACAAGACGCUCUGCACCCACCAACACAGCAUUACAGCAGAUAAGGUUUUAUGCAUCUGCCAUGUUCUUACUUUUUGUAUGAUAAAAAGAGGCCUUGGUAAAUUUGUCUGGCACUAUAUGUAGCACCUUUGAGGAUACUACUAGUAGCUCAACGGCCAUCGCCUGCUUCGAGGAGAGAGGCUUAUCAGUCUGGUAGAAGCAGGUAGCAGAAUGUGAGGAAAGCAUUUCGGUUUUCCAAAAAUUAAAUCUUUUUUAAAUUUAUAUUACAAGUAAAUAUCCUAUAGAAAGAUCUUAUGUGCAAUUUACAUUUGAGACAAAAAUGUAUCUGUAGCAUUUAUUUGAGUGUAUUUGUUUUCCUGUCUUGGGCAGGGCUAAGGAGAAGGUGAAGUCAAACAUUAAGUCUUAUACUCAUAACAGUGCCUGUGAAAUAAUCAUUGUCACAAAUAUAAAUCACUGCGUCCAAUGUGACCU